AUGUUUGCAGUUAAUGGGCCAAGCGGGCCGACGUCGCGAAACGAGCGCCGAGUUAGAAGCAAUCAACAGCGGGAGGAAGAAGAAAAAAUCAAGAGACGCUGGAUCGUGGAAAAACGCAAACACUUCUUUCUAGAAAAACGUGAACGAGUCGACGUAUCUCAGCAAGGUAAUAAAAAAAUGAAAACGGUAGCAGCAUUGUCAGAUAUUUUCAAGGGAUGCCGAAUCGUGUUUAAUGGUCGCACCGGCAACGUAACUUCAUAUUACUUGGCGAAACUGGUGCAAGAGCACGGGGGUAGCGUUGGCUCAACACUGACCACCUCGCGCGUAACACACAUGAUCGGCUCGAAUCUGAACGGAUCUAAAGCAGAUAAAGCGUUGAUGGGUAAUGCUAAGGUCAAGUUUGUUCGUCCGGGUACGUCUAUAAAGCGCAACAAGCGGCUAUCUGAAUUCGAGUUUCUUGUCUACAAGGAUCAGGCUCGUUUAUUGCUGCCAUUUUCUAAAGCAGAUUCCAUAGGUCCGUCCUGCAAGAACGACCUCACGAACAAGAGAGAUGGCAAAAGUAACGUAGUGUGA